UUCGAUGCAGGCAGGGCCGUCUUCAGCUCACGUUUACGAAGGAAUGACGCAGGCAUGGCCGUCUUCAGCUCACAUUUGCGAAGGAAUGACGCAGGCAGGACCACUUUCAGCUGACAUUUACGAAGGGAUGACGCAGGCAGGACCACUUUCAGCUGACAUUUACGAAGGGAUAACGCAGGCAGGAUUAUCUUCAGCUCACAUUUACGAAGGGAUGACGCAAGCUGGAACUAUUUCAGCUCACACCCACGAAGAGAUAAUGCAGGCAGCACCGUUUUCAGCUCACACUUAUGAAUGUUCGAUGCAGCCAAAACCGUCUUCAGCUCACACUCACGAAUGGAUAAUGCAGGCAGGACCAUCUUCAUUUCACAUUUACGAAGGGAUGAGGCAAGCAGGAACAAUUUCAGCUCACACCUAUGAAGAUAUAACGCAGGCAGCACCGUUUUUAGCUCACAAUUAUGAAUGUUCGAUGCAGGCAGGGCCGUCUUCAGCUCACGUUUACGAAGGGAUGACGCAGGCAGGGCCGUCUUCAGCUCACAUUUGCGAAGGAAUGACGCAGGCAGGACCACUUUCAGCUCACAUUUACGAAGGGAUGACGCAAGCUGGAACUAUUUCAGCUCACACCCACGAAGAGAUAAUGCAGGCAGCACCGUUUUCAGCUCACACUUAUGAAUGUUCGAUGCAGGCAGGGCGAUAUUCACCUCACACCCACGAAUCGAUGAUGCAGGCAGGAUUAUCAUCAGCUCACACUCACGAAUUGAUGCUGCAGGCAGGACUGUCUUCAGCUAACACUCAAGAAGGGAUGAUGCAGGCAGGAUCUUCCUUAGUUCAAAACCGAAGUCCAACUCUGAAUGAACAAAGAGCAGACGAAAAAAAGUCAUGGGGAAAGCAGGGGCCGUAUUCUGGUCAUUGUCUCUGGUCUCUCGUCUCUCGCAAGCUGGUCGCUGACUGCUAA